GACAGCUAGCUGUGAACGCAGUAUAUUUGUUUCACGACAAGCGAAAAUUCUGGCGAGGAGCGAUAAAUACGCUGAAAAUGCGAUAUUUGCCACUUUUUCGCGGAUAACCGAGUGGAUAUUGUGUGUUUCGUGUACCUUGCAGGCACUCGCGUUGAGUCAGAGUGUGAAAUUAGUGCUAUUGCGUCGCUGCGUGAGUCGAACAAGGGAGUUUUCAUUCUCGUGGGGCGCCCUGCCUCGAGAGGCCAUCUUGUUACUUCACACCUCUUGGCUGGGCUUAUCGCAUUCGCCUGGGAAAAGAGCGUCUCUGAGACUUUUCGGCCGUAUUUUGUGGUGUUUUCUGGUGUGAAGGAAGGUGUCUCGUCAUUGUCCGGAAGGGAGUGUGCGUGAGGCGUAUUACAACUCAUAGAGGUGAUAUUUCGUCACUGCUGACGCCACUAGCAGCGUCUAUCUCGCUAUCUGCGCCCCACUGUGUCCGGAAAGCUACAUUUUGGCCACCAAAACAAACAGAUGCUGAGAUUUGAGGUUAGAUCCGAUUGAGGAGGGAAAAUUCAGAGCGCGUCACAAAUGGAGAAUCCACGUCCCGAAGGGCCAGAGAAUGGUAUUUUCGGCCAGCAAUUCCCCAGGGAGAACUUGAUGGACACCGCGCCGGUCAGAGGCUUCAGUAUCAAUGGAUUUGGACUGUUGGAUCUCACUCAUCACAUUGAGAAUGACACAGUUAUGUCCACAUCAUCCUCCGCGUCUGGCGGAUUGGUUAUUGAUCACGACCUCGAUGCAGAACCGCAGGAAAAUUGUACAGAAGUGGCCAAGAAGUCUACGAUUAGCAGUAACGGACGUCCGGAGGUGUUCCCAACGCCACAGCCGAAGCGACGCUCCAGCGUGUGGAGUGCAGAAAAAUCUCUGGUGGUGAGCAACACGAGAGACUACUCACAGUACUUAGGAAUGCAGCCGUCAGUGAAGUUCAAGUGUUACAAGUGCUUAGAGUCAAAUUUCACCACGCUGAGGCAUUUGAAGGAGCACCAACAAAUCUGCCUCACCCAGAAGACCACGACGCCUGAUGUGGUGAAUGGGCCGAAUGGGCGGCGAAUAAAUGGGGAAUACAAAGCGCCGACAGCGGAAGAUCCCAACACGAAGGUUCGCAUCUCGCGCAAAGUGUUCCUCUGUUCGGCGUGUGGCACGUACUAUGAGAACUUCAAUUUGUUCCUUCACAUGCGUGAGGUGCACAGGAAGCACAUUUGUCUGCUGUGUCUGGGCAUGUUCCCGUCCGCUGAGCGCCUGCAUCAGCAUCUGGAGGGCCGGCAUGGCAUCCUGUCGGCAGAUCUCAACACACCGGACACGCUGCAGAGUCAGCUGAAUUCACAACUCUUCUACCUGAUGUGUGUCACAUGUGAGCACAUCUUCACGGAGCACGAUCACUUCGUUGGCCACAAUUGUGAUACCUUCCUGCAGCCGUGCAAUCUUUGCCAUUUGCGCGGCAGUCAUAGGCCUAAUUGCAAGGCCAGCGCCAGUGAAGUGAAGCCCAAGCGCAAUGGACAGGCGACUGUUGAGCCGCCACAGCAGAAGGUGGCGGAAGCACACGUGCCAGAGCCGCCGGAUCCAAUAGGGGAGCUGUGGAAGAGAUACCUCAACGGGGAUGCGGCGGCUGAGGGGAGAACAGAGACACAGCCAGUGGCUGGUGAGGUGACAUCCACUGUGCAGGAGUGUGAACCGCGUCUUCUGGUGCCAAAGCUCAAGGUGAAGAUCCCGAAGGAGUUCCAAACCAAACUGAACUCGCCGGUGUCGUCGUCAUCGUCUGAAGCGGAAUCCGAGGAGGGUGAGGAGGCCAAUAAGUCAUCUGAGAUGAGUGAAGAGGUCACGCCGCAGGACGAAAGCGCGUCCCAUUGUGUGAAGGAGGAGUUGGAGAAGCCAGAACAGCCUCAGCAGCCGAUGGAGGUGCAGCAACAGCCACCUGAACAGCAGGAGUCAAAUGUCCCAGACGCACCACAAGCAGCAAUUGAGGGAUGUCAAUCGUCAGCAGCGAUGGAGAAGGAAAUCGAAAAGGUAAAGGCAGAACCGAAGCCCGCCGAAGAAGAAGAUGAGGAGGAUGAAGAUGGCAUUGUGAUUGCCAAGAAAGAUGCUCAAAUGUUCGAUUUACGUCUCAAUCAGCCGCUGGAUCGCAUCGAUAUGGUGGAUUUGCUGAGGAUCUGCCUGAAGCACACAAUCCCAAUUUGUCUAUACUGCAAUCAUACCACGAGAAUUGUAGUGAAUGCGAAGUAUUUGGCGCUGCACUUGAUCGGAACGCACAGAUUUAGCGCCACUGUGGAUAGCAUUACGGCAGAGGAGUUGCUGCCAGAGACAAUUGUGGCGCGUGUGAAGAGAUCGCUGGAGGAAUUGGAGGGAGUGUACAUCAAUCUGGAGACAUUUGACAGUCGAGAUGCUGAUAAGGCGCUGGCAAAGCCAUGCGAUCGCUCGUUCCACUGCUUUCAGUGUCGCCUGACGGCGAAGAUACACAAAGAAUUGUAUCAACACAACAGGAAGAUGCACAUGAAGACGGUGAUUCUAUGCUUGAUGUGCAAAUCCGCUUUAUACAGUUACAGCGAAUUGCUGUAUCACAUGUGUCCGGGAUACACGAGCACAGCGGCGGAGUUGAGAUUCCGAUGUGGCUUCUGCAGUUUGCACAACAUCCCAUCGGCCUUCCGGCUUAUGGUGCAUCUGCGCAAGAGACAUGGAAUAUGUGAGAUCUGCCUGGAAGACUGUGGGGAUCAGUUUAAGCUGUCGAAUCACGUGUGGAAGCACAAAUUGCAGCACUUAUGCUUCCGCUGUGGCAUUGUCUAUCGGAAUAAGCCGGACAUUACGAAGCAUCUGUUCUGGAAGCAUGGCACAGAGAGUGUCACGUGCAAGAAGUGCUUGCAGAAGAAAUGGCCACUGGUGUAUCACUUUUGCACGCCACCAGCACAGUUCACGUGUGAACACUGUCCGCAGAUUUUCACGCGGGCAGUGUCACUGACGGUGCACAGGCGAGUGCACACGGGUGAUUUGAAGUAUGCGUGCGAGGAGGAGAAUUGCGACAAGAAGUUCAUCUCGAAGAAGUUGCUGGAGAAGCACACACUGAAGCACAGUCAGUUUAUAGCUGAUGAGCCGGUGUUUAUCGGGGCGGAGGAGAAGCACACGCCGGCGGAGGUGGAAAAGGAGACGGCUGUGGUGGAGAAGGACGAGCAGGCGGCCGGAGUGACAGAGAAGAGCGACAAGGGAGAGAAGAAGGUGAAGAAAUCGAAGAAGCGCGAGGUGGAUUUGAUGGAUAUCGACUUGCCGGCACCGAAUCUCUCAGAGAGUGACAGUGAUAUGGAUGUGGACAAGGAGGACUCGACCGAUGUGGUGGUGGUGAAGGAAGUGGUGCCGCAGGAGGCGCCAGUGGAGCUUCCUAAGCCGGCGGACGUUGAGGAGAAGGACAAGACAGAGGAGGAGGAGGAGGAGGUGAAGACGAAGCCCGUGCCGAUGGAUGUGGAGGAAGAGGAGGAGAAGGCGGCUCCGGUGGAGGGGAUUUGGGAGAAUUUCAAGACCUACCAGACGCUGCAACAGCAGGCCAGCAAAGUGGAGGAUGAGGAGGAGGCGGAGAAGGACGAUGGCGAGGUGUCUGUGCCAAUUCUGCAUGUGUCACAGAGUGAUCAUGACUACUGCUCAAUCUACAAAGUGGCUGGAAAGGGGAAGCCGGAGGAGACUGAUGUGAAGCCGGCGCUGGAAAAGCCCCAGGCGGUGGUGAAGUCUGACUCUAGUGACUCGAGCAGUGAUUCAGGAUCGAGUUGCACCUGUGAAUCCAACUGCAGUUGCUCCAGCUCAAGCAGUUCGGGCAGCUCGAGUACAUCAUCAUCAUCUAGUGAUGAGGAUGAUGCGAAGAAUCCGGGUGAGCGCAAGAGGAAGCGCCUGAAGAGGCGGGACAAGGGCGCCAGCAGGGAGAUGAAAGAAGAGAGUAAGGUCAAUCCGAAUGUGAUUGACGUGGUGACGGUGGAGAAGGGUCAGGAGGGUGAUGAGAAUUACGAGGUGUUUUACGAAUCUGACCUGGUGACUGAUGAAUCAGAGACGGAUGAGGAUUUCUAUGAUGAACACCCGCAGAAGAUCGCCCGGGAGAUGAUGAUGGCGUGGAAUAGGAAGUUCGACGAUGAGUCCAGGGAGGAUGGCACGAUGGCGGCGGAUGAGGCGGAGGAGGAGGUGCCGAUGAAGCGUGAGAAGCCGGUGAAGGUGAAGCGGAAGAAGAAGGAGAAGCGACACCAGAAGUUGCCGCCACUCAAGCUGAGUUUGCCACCAGUGGCGCCAAUACUCACAGCUGCCCUGAUGGCUUCCACGCCACUCGUGAGCUCAAGCCUGACGCCCGGAACGCCCAGCAGUGCCACGAUGAGUGAGAUGAGUGCUUCGGGUGUUAAGAGGAGCAAGAGACGGAGGAUUCCCAACAAAUUCUACGGAUAUUCGAGUGACGAGGAGACAACGGGUGGCUCCAAUUCCAAUACACCUCAUCCGCCGGCCGUGCUGAAGCCCAUUCAGCCGCCGAAUCUGGUGUGGUGCAAGGAGGAUCUGCCACAGAGUAGUGGCAAUGCCAAGAUGCGCUCGCCCAGCUUCCAGUCGCUCCUCAUGGCGAAGAAGUCGUCGCCGAGCAGUGACUUCGCCACGUACAACGUCCAGCCGCCGGCACAGCUGCCGCCGCAAAUCUUCGCCUCCACGUCGCCGGCGCCCAAGGAGUCCACGCCCACCGUGCAGCCGCUGCGGCUGCCCAUCCCACCCGUGGUGCCCGUGAAUCGCUCGUACUCGGACAUGGCGGAGGUGCAGACGAGCGGCGAGGCGCCGGCGUCGGGUAGCGGCGAGGAGGGGGAGGAGGAGGAAGAGGAGGAGAGUGAGUCCAGCGAUGCCAGCCACCUGGAGAUCCGCGACUCCACAGCCAACAGAAUGUCAUUUCCUGGCCAGCCGGAGGCGCGCAAGGCAGCGCCGGAGGAGAAGCCCGCGGACAAUGUCUACUGCUACUGCCGCUGUCCGUACGACGAGGUCUCCGAGAUGAUCGCGUGCGACGGGGAGAACUGCGCCAUUGAGUGGUUCCACUUCGAGUGUGUGGGCAUCAUGGUGCCGCCCGUGGGCAAGUGGUAUUGCCCACAAUGCAAGCUGAAGCAGGAGAAUGCGGCGGCCGCGUACUAUUAGCUUCUCCCCGUUCGCCCUCAUCGUCGGCGUCACCGUUUUACUGUUCAGGACAUGAGAGUAUAUUGUAUCAAUGUAUAAAUUUUAUGUGAUAAUGCAUUACAAUAGUAACAUGCAGUUGAAUGGAUAAAAUGACUUAGUAAUGUAAAUGCAAAAAAUAAAGUAGGUUUAAUUGC